CGUUGGACUUGGGGGGUCUUGUCUGUUGGAUGCUGCUGCUAUCCCUGGGCUGCAGGUGGGAUCCUGCCUGGUUCCCGCAGGGCUCAGAGCUGGGUCUGGAUUUGGCCCCUACACAAUGAGUUUUGGAUUAUGAGUUUUGGGGCACAAGAUGCCAUAGAGUAGGUUUGGGGGGGCACAGCCUUGGGCACAACAUGAGGUGCAGAGGGGGCUGCUAGUGUGUGUGAGGGCUGUUCCCAUGGGACAUCUAACUGCUGUGUCUGGGUAAUGCUGGAAUGGCCCCACUGGCCAGCUGGACAUGGGGAGCAGAGGGGUCUGAUGAGGGGCAAGGGGGCCAUUCCCAUGGGAAUUCCCCCUCUCCUGUCUGGAUGGUGUUGGGAUGGCUCUGUGGGGCAGAUGGACAUGGGGAGCAGGACCUGCCCAGCACACAGCCAUUUGUGUCCCAGCCACAAGGAAGUGGUGGUGGUGGUGACCCUGGUGACAUAGCCUUGAGUCACACUGGAGACUCCAGGUGACAGCCCAUCUCCGGUACACGGGCUGGGAGGGUUGCUUGGAGAGAGGCAGCCCAGUCCUUGAACCGCCCCAUCCCUGUCCCCAGACUGCAGCAGCGAUGGCAACACUCUACCCCUCCCUGGAGGACAUGAAGGGCCACCAGGUCUUGCAGGCACAGGCAGCAGCUGGGGUGAGGACCCCCGCCACCACAGUGGUCACAGAGAAGCCGAAGCUCGCCUCAGGCACUGAGCCUCCUGUGCUGUACCCCAACCUGGCCGAGCUGCAGAACUACAUGGGGCUGGCGCUCUCCAGUGAGGAGAUCCAGAAGAACCUGCACACGGAAGACAGCACUGCACUGACCCCCGUCGGGCCCUCCCCAGGCCAGCUGGUUGCCCCCCUGAGCGGGAACAGCGCGGGGCUGCGGCGGGCAGAGAUCAAGCCGGGCGUGCGGGAGAUCCACCUGUGCAAGGACGAGCGGGGCAAGACGGGGCUGCAGCUGAAGAACGUCGACCAGGGCAUCUUCGUGCAGCUGGUGAAGGCCAACUCGCCAGCAGCACUGGUGGGGCUGCGCUUCGGGGACCAGGUGCUGCAGAUCGACGGCAAGAACUGCGCGGGCUGGAGCAGUGACAAGGCACAGCGCGCGCUGAAGAAGGCGAACCCUGAAAAAAUCGUCAUGGUGGUGAGGGACAGGCCUUUCCAGCGCACUGUGACUGUGCACAAGGACAGCACGGGCCAUGUCGGCAUCGUGGUGAAGAAGGGGAAGAUUGUGUCGCUGGCCAAGGACAGCUCGGCCGCCCGCAACGGGCUCCUCACCCACCACUGCAUCUGCGAGGUGAACGGCCAGAACGUCAUCGGCAUGAAGGAUAAGCAGCUCAUGGAGGUGCUGGCAGGGGCUGGGAACGUGGUGACACUGACCAUCAUCCCCACCGUGAUCUACGAGCAUAUGGUCAAACGGCUUUCAUCAGGGCUGGUGAAGUCAUCCAUGGACCACUCCAUCCCUGACCUGUGACACCAUCACUGCUGUUCUGGGAGCUGAUGCUGGAAACCCAGAGGGCCUGCUGAGAGGACCCCACAGCACCUCCAAAGGAGCUAUUCUAGCACAAAACCCCUUAUGCUGUUAGAGUCUGGUGGCUGCUGGGCGGUUCCUCCUCUCCUCAGCAAGGAUGGGGCAGAUGUCCUGUACCAGGGUCCCACUGUUCCCAUGUCCUUGCUUGGGCCACCCCCUCAGGGCAGAUGCCAAGGGCUGGCUCCAGCCGAAGCAGACACAGACCCAGCAACAUUUAUUACAUCCACCACAGACAGCGAGUACAGGACAGGGGAAACAAGAAGAGGGGGGUUACAGCUUUUUCAGUUCUGUAUUUAAAAAAUAUAUUAUAUAGAUUUGUCUUUCAAA